AUGAUUCCUCCAAAUCCAACAAUCCUGGGGAGCACUGCAUUCUUGAAUCCUGCAUUUUCUCUCAAAAUGAUGGUGUGGGCACUUCUCUUCCUCUCUCUCAUCCAGUGUUCCACCCAAAAGGGAGAUGAUGAUUAUGAAGAUUACACUUCAAAUAAGACUUGGGUUUUGACUCCCAAAGUCCAUGAGAGUGAUGUGACUCUUAUUUUAAAUGGCUUGCUGGAAGGAUAUGACAACAAAUUGAGACCUGAUAUAGGAGUUAAACCGACAAUAAUUCACACUGACAUGUACGUAAAUAGCAUUGGCCCUGUGAAUGCUAUCAAUAUGGAAUAUACAAUUGAUAUAUUUUUCGCCCAAACGUGGUAUGACAGACGUCUGAAGUUCAACAGCACUAUAAAAGUGCUCAGAUUAAACAGCAACAUGGUUGGGAAGAUCUGGAUACCAGACACAUUUUUCCGAAAUUCCAAGAAGGCUGAUGCUCACUGGAUAACAACUCCUAAUAGGAUGCUCAGAAUCUGGAAUGAUGGCAGAGUCUUGUACACAUUGAGGCUGACAAUUGAUGCUGAGUGUCAAUUACAGUUACAUAACUUCCCAAUGGAUGUCCAUUCCUGCCCACUGGAAUUUUCGAGCUAUGGUUACCCCAGAGAAGAGAUAAUUUACCAGUGGAAGCGCAGCUCGGUGGAGGUGGGGGACACCCGGUCCUGGAGGCUUUACCAGUUCGCCUUUACAGGACUAAGAAAUACAACCGAGGUGGUGAAGACUACUUCAGGAGACUAUGUAGUCAUGUCUGUCUUCUUUAACCUGAGCAGGAGAAUGGGUUAUUUCACUAUUCAGACCUACAUUCCCUGCACACUUAUUGUUGUCUUGUCCUGGGUCUCUUUCUGGAUUAAUAAGGAUGCAGUUCCAGCCAGAACAUCACUGGGAAUUACAACUGUCCUGACAAUGACCACCCUAAGUACAAUUGCUCGUAAAUCUCUUCCCAAAGUCUCCUAUGUGACAGCAAUGGAUCUUUUUGUGUCAGUCUGCUUUAUUUUUGUGUUCUCUGCACUGGUGGAAUAUGGAACUUUGCAUUACUUUGUCAGUAACAGAAAACCAAGCAAGGAUAAAGACAAAAAGAAGAAAAACCCAGCACCUACUAUUGACAUCCGCCCCCGAUCAGCUACUAUUCAAAUGAACAAUGCUACACACCUCCAAGAAAGGGAUGAAGAAUAUGGGUAUGAGUGUCUUGAUGGCAAGGACUGUGCCAGUUUUUUUUGCUGCUUUGAGGAUUGUCGGACGGGAGCGUGGAGGCAUGGCAGAAUACACAUCCGCAUUGCCAAAAUGGACUCCUAUGCCCGCAUCUUCUUCCCAACCGCCUUCUGCUUGUUUAACCUGGUGUAUUGGGUAUCAUAUCUGUACCUUUAAAAGCAGUAG